AUGCCUCUCCUUCACUCCUCUCCAGAAGAGGAGAAGAGGAAACACAAGAAAAAGCACCUGGUACAGAGCCCCAGUUCCUACUUUAUGGAUGUGAAAUACCUAGGAUGCUAUAAAGUCCCCAACAUCUUUAGCCAGGAGCACACGGUAGUCUUGUAUGAUGGCUGCUCCACUGUAUUCUGUCAGCCUACAGGUGAGAAAACCGAGCUGACAGGAUGCUCACUCAUGAGGAAGCAGCACUAA